AUGGGUACGAUAGCGUCUGUACUCCAGUGGUAUUGUAUCAAAUGUAACUACUUGAAUCCAACCGAAAGUGUACGAUGCCUUAGGUGUCGAACAUUUCGCAAAGCAAAAGGCGUCGAUAUAAUUCACCAUCAAAUACUCGCCAGCAACGACAACGUUCCCGUUUCGUCAUCGUGCGUUCGCAUGAAGGAUGUGAAUAGAAAACUAGUAUCAAACGAUUGUUUGUUUCGUGUGAUAGACAGUUUAGCUCUCGCACACAAAAACAUAAAUCGCAAGAAAAUCGAACGAUCCUUCGUUCAUCCCCUUCCGGAGCGCUGCUGCUGGAAUCGCAAACGGCACUUUUCACAGCCAAGCAUCAACCGCAAAUGGAAUUGCCACCGAUGCCGUGUGUACAAUCGUAGCGUGUCCUGGCACUGCAUUAAUUGUGAAGCACUGAGUGUGAUCGCACCGGUAUACAAGGAGACGAUAAAGAAAUCUUUGACGCAAAUUAUUUGCAGAAACGACCACAGUGCAGGUUGUGGCUGUGAGCACGACAAAAGCACACCAUUCGCUUCGUUUAGCCUUCGAGCCUACCGCAGCAUGGACCACGUUGGAUCGGCGAAGUGCAGGUUUUGCAUUUACAAUCAGUUUAACUUCGAUGGCGAUACGACACAAAGCUGUUGCUGCUGUAACGAGUCAAGGUUACCACGGUGUCCGAAGACAGAUAGCGACUACCGGGAGCACGGGACAUUCAGUGGUAUAACCACUAUUACCAAGCGCACAGGAGGACUGAUCGUGGUGCCCUCGACUACGCAGCGAUUCAUCGAUAAUUCCACAACCAACGUUCGGCUCAAGAAUAGCAGUAAAAAUAAAAUGCACGGUCAAGCAGGCAAAAAGUACCCUCCCACUUCAGCAGGCGUGGUGGAACCAAUCUAUGCGGUUAUCAAUAAAGAAGCUAAACGGAAAAACAACAACAAAAAAACGAGUGACGUUGUAAAUAAUAACUCGACUACUAGUAGCAUCAACCAACCGCACACAAAGGAGUCAUCGCGAGACGGCUACGCAAACCUGUCGACCCAAAUGAGCUGUAAAAAUGGGAAACCGGAAAAAGACGACGAACCAUUUAACGCUAACGCCGGUAGCGAGAAAACGGCCGCAAAAUGCAAAUACAACAAGCAACUUUCAAACUAUAAGAAUAAUUUCGAUAAAGUUGGCUAUCACGGAGGCGAUCACGAUAUCUUCUCCGUAAUGGAUGAGUAUAGCAACCAUCAGAAUUCCACUAUACUAGAGCUCGAUAAUAUUCCUGCUAUCGUGAAGGUUCCAAUCGCUAGCUUCGAACAGGAUCUGGACGAUGAAUGGUGCACGAAAUCAUCUAAAUCGACGGACGAAAAGGAGUGGUCCUGCCGGAAGUGCACGCUCGUCAACUCCAGCACCGCGUUGGCCUGCGUCGCCUGUGGAGGCUCGAAGCUACGCAGCAUUUGCAACGUGGAGGAGAUGACGCUGAAGAAGGGUGAAUUCUGGACGUGCCACAAGUGCACGCUGAAGAACUCCAUCGUGCAGUCGGAGUGUAGUGCCUGCAAGUCGGCACGACCCGCGUUGAAGAGCGCUAGCGCGAUGGUGAACGAAUCUCUGGCUACAAAUCGCCUGAUAUUGGGUCAGUGCGAUGCACCGUCGAACAGCAGCAGAUCGAGCACGGUGCCGGGACACGGUGGGACGCCCGUCGAUUCGGGAGCCAUUCCGAAACACUUGCCGUUGGCCGGUGGAACUGGAGCCGUUGGUGGGGCUGUUGGUGUCGGGAUGGCUAGUGGCGUACCUGCUGCCGCUAAGGCCAUGCCAUCGAUGCAGGUAUCGAUGCCGAAGCGCACGUGGCAAUGUCCGGCGUGUACGUACGAGAACUCGCUCGCGUGCGUCGUUUGCGAUAUCUGUUCGAGCCACCGGCACAUCGAUACCGGCUGCCUGGUUUGGCAGCAACAGCAGCAGCUGCAGAAGAACAACCGGCUGGAGGAGAACCAGCGCCAGCUGGACGAUCUGGAGGCGCUCAACCGCUGGAAGAGCAUCAUCGAGUACUGCGUGGAGAAUGGGCAGGCGUUCGUGGACGAUUCGUUUCCGCCGGCGACGAAAAGCCUCUACUAUCAACCGUCGUCGAAUAUCGAGAGCAAUCCGGUCGCACAAUGGCGUCGACCACAUGAGAUUCUUUGCGAGGGUGGGAACCAGGCGACCCCACCGUGGGCCGUCUUCCGGACUCCGCUACCGUCGGACAUCUGUCAGGGUGUGCUCGGUAACUGCUGGCUGCUGAGCGCACUGGCCGUGCUGGCUGAGCGUGAGGAUCUCGUGAAGGAGGUCCUGCUGACGAAGGAGAUCUGCCCGCAGGGCGCGUACCAGGUGAAGCUCUGCAAGGACGGCCGCUGGACGACGGUGCUGGUGGACGAUCUGCUGCCGUGUGACAAACGCGGCCAUCUCGUCUACUCGCAGGCGAAGCGGAAACAGCUCUGGGUGCCGCUGAUCGAGAAGGCGGUCGCGAAGAUUCACGGAUGCUACGAGGCGCUCGUGUCCGGGCGUGCGAUUGAGGGGCUGGCCACGCUUACGGGAGCGCCCUGCGAGAGCAUUCCGCUGCAGGCCAGCUCACUGCCACUGCCGAGCGAGGACGAUCUGGAUCGUGACCUCAUUUGGGCCCAGCUGCUGAGCUCCAGGUUAGUGAAGUUUCUGAUGGGGGCCAGUUGUGGUGGCGGUAACAUGAAGGUCGAUGAGGAUGAGUAUCAGCGGAAGGGUCUGCGGCCACGGCACGCCUACUCCGUGCUGGACGUGCGGGAUAUUAAAGGACAUAGACUGUUGAAACUGCGCAAUCCGUGGGGACACUUUUCCUGGCAAGGGGACUGGUCCGAUGAUUCGGAACUAUGGACCGACGAACUGAGAGACAGCCUGAUGCCGCACGGUGGUUCGGAGGGUGUGUUUUGGAUAUCUUUCGAAGACGUGUUAAGAUACUUCGACUGCAUCGACAUCUGCAAGGUGCGUUCGGAAUGGAAUGAAGUACGCCUUUUUGGCACCCUGCAACCGCUACGAGCUUUAUCAUGUGUGCUGAUAACGGUGUUGGAACCGACCGAAGCUGAGUUUACGCUAUUUCAAGAAGGGCAGAGGAAUUCCGAGAAAUCACAACGCUCCCAGCUGGACCUUUGCGUAGUGCUGUUUCGGACGAGAAAUCCCGCCAACCCAGAAGUGGGGCGGUUGGUUGAGCACAGCAAACGACAGGUUCGCGGCUUCGUCGGCUGCCACAAGAUGCUCGAAACCGACCUGUACAUGCUGGUCUGCCUAGCCUUCAACCACUGGCACACCGGAAUUGACGAUUUCAUGCAGUACCCGCAGUGUGUGUUGGCGAUUCACAGCUCCAAGCGGCUGCUGGUGGAGCAGAUUACGCCACCACCGUUCCUGCUGGCGGAUGCGAUCAUCAACCUCACGCUGGCCAAAGGGCAACGGCACGAGGGUCGCGAGGGCAUGACGGCGUACUAUCUAACGAAGGGCUGGGCGGGUCUGGUCGUGAUGGUCGAGAAUCGCCACGAGAACAAAUGGAUACACGUGAAGUGUGACUGCCAGGAGAGCUACAAUGUAGUCUCGACGAGGGGCGAACUGAAGACGGUUGAUUCCGUGCCGCCACUGCAGCGCCAGGUGAUCAUUGUGCUCACGCAGCUCGAAGGAAGCGGAGGGUUCAGCAUAGCCCACCGGUUGACCCACCGGUUGGCGAACUCGGGUGGACUGCACGACUGGGGACCGCCGUCUUCCACGCACUAUCCGCCGAUCGAGAACGUGUCCGAGCUUCACUCGCCACGGAUGAUCACCUAGGCGCUAGCGUUGCGGAACUCAAAUAUUCACUGAUCUGAUAUUAAUUAAUAAACGUUUCCAUAGCCCAACCACACACUCACACACACACUUCGAUUUUGCGAGCGUGAUUUUUGAAUGUUAGCCAGCAGCAGGGCCCCCAGGCUGUGGCUAGGACGAACCGGAGUCACGACAAAUAUUGUGAUAUACUAGGGAAACAUACACGUUUG